UUAUUUUGAGUUUAUAGAGACGUCCGCUCUAAACGUUCUGUUCGUUCAUGUUUUUGUGCGCAUCAGCCGGUGGGGCAUUUACUUAGGCAAGUGUGUCACAUCUGAAAGAAACAACAUGAUCAACUGUUUCCACGAGCUGCUCCGGAUCUUGUUCAAGUGACGUUUUGAGCGCGGUAGGUGCUACUCUCGCUUACAAACAUGAACCCAGCGAUAUCGAAGUUCGUUCAGAAAAAGGUCGUCUACCCCGGUAUCGGCGAGAUCCCCCGCUUCGAGAAAGGUGCCAAGUGCACGUUUCACUUUUGCGUGAAGCGCCUGAGCACCGACGAAGACGAUCCGGACGGCAUUAUCGACGACAGCCGCAAGCUUGGUCGCCCCAUGGAACUGCUCAUAGGCAAGGAGUUCAAACUUCCCAUCUGGGAGCAGUGCGUAAAAUCCAUGAAGGUUAAGGAGGUUGCCGAGUUCACGAUAAACAAAUGUUUGCUGGACAACUACACGCUCGUUUCGCAAAGCUACCGAGCCUUCGCUGGCGUCGGGAAGCCACACAAGCGCCGAUGUUGCGGCAUGAUGGAGGAGAAAUUCACCACUGGUCACGAAGACCUCGAUAAGUUAACUGAGAAACUCGUGGACUUAUCAUGUACCUUCGAACUGCUCAAGGUGGAAGAGCCGGGCGAAUACGAAAAGGACGUCUGGGCGAUGACGGCCGAAGAGAGGCUGGGUGCCGUACCUUCGCUGAAGGAGCAGGGCAAUCGAGCUUUUCAAGCGGGCGACAUGGACACAGCCAUGAACAAGUACAGGGAAGCCCUAGAGCACUUGGAAAACUUGCUGCUUCGCGAGAAACCGGGUGACGAAGAGUGGAACGAGUUGUACAAGAUGAAAGUGCCGAUUCUCCUGAACUACUCGCAGUGCCUCCUUAACCGGGGCGAAUACUACGAGGUCAUACGUCACACUUCCGAAGUGCUCAGCAAGGAUCCCAACAACGCCAAGGCCCUGUUUCGGCGGGCAAAGGCCUACUUCGGCUCUUGGAGUCCCAACGAGUGUCGCGCGGAUCUGCUGAAACUUCAGGAGGCCGACCCGUCCCUUUCGAAGGUUGUGAACACCGAGCUUAAGAAGCUCGAAGCGGAAGAGAAGAAAAAGAACAAAGAGGACAGUACCAAACUUAUGAGCAUGUUCAAGUGAGCAAGGGUGCCGUGCCUGUACGCGCAAGCAAGUUGAGAACUGCUGCGUGUGCGCAGAAAAGAGCUUUUCCCGCUAGUCGAGGUUGCAGAAAAUAAAUUUUUACUAUUUGUUAA